AUGAGAUGAGUAGAAGAUCUGACGUCGAGACUGUCGUCUUUCGGAAUGGCGACGACAUCAAUAUUACCCACUUAUCAAAGGUAUGUAAAUGGGAUUCCAAUCAUUUCCACCGGAAGGAAAACUCUACGGUUACGUGAGAAAUACGUGGUUGUACUGAUUCUCGUUAGUUUUAUAACAAUAUGUAUCGGAACAGUGUUCUUCCUACCCGAAUUCCGAUCUAGUUCAAUCCAUUCGGCAUACAUGCACAUUAGAGAUGCUGGUUCAGAUCUUCUUUUACCUCCUCCUCCUCAAGAUCAAGAAGGUAAUGUUCUAAGGCAUAAUGACGUCAACAAUAAUGAUCCUCACAGACUGGUCGACAGGGCCAAGUUAAUCGAGAAAAUUCAUCAGGAUUUAGAAAAAGAAAGACAGAAAAAUCUGAAAGAGAACCAAGACAAGGCACAAGUUGAAAAACCUCAAUAUAAUGAACCACAAAGUUCUUCUCCUCCUCCUCAGAAUGUUCAUUCGAGAGAUGCUCGCAAUGACUUGAUUAUAUCUAACGCCGCCGACGAUACCGCAAAUUUAAUAGGUAAUGACAUUAUCAGAGAUCAUCCAGGAGGACCUGGCACUCAUGGCGGCGAACCUUCUGAUCCCGUGACCAGAGAGAGAAGAAAUAAAAUAAAAGAGAUGACAAAACAUGCAUGGGAUAAUUACGUUCGUUACGCCUGGGGUGAGAACGAACUUCGUCCUAUAUCGAAAAGAGGUCAUUCUGCCGGAAUCUUUGGCAAAUCGGCAUUGGGAGCCACCAUUGUCGACGGGCUGGAUACGUUAUAUAUAAUGGGCUUUAUCGAUGAAUAUAAAAUGGGAAGAGAUUGGAUAGCUACUAGUCUUAGUUUAGAUCAGUCUAAUUCAGAGAUUUCUAUUUUUGAAACUAAUAUACGAUUUGUUGGCGGCCUUCUUUCGUGCUAUGCAAUGACAGGAGAUGUCAUGUUUAAAGAAAAAGCUGAUCAGAUAGCUCAGAAAUUACUUCCAGCCUUCAAUACUCCUACAGGAAUUCCAUUUGCCUUAAUCAAUUUAAAGACUGGCAUAAGCAAAAACUAUGCUUGGGCAUCCAGUUCUAGUUCAAUUUUAGCAGAAUUUGGUACUUUGCAUUUAGAAUUUGUUUAUCUAAGUCAUAUAACUGGAAAUCCUGUAUAUAAGGAAAAAGUUGACAAUAUUCGUAACAUUUUAUAUAAAAUGGAUAAACCUCAAGGACUCUAUCCUAAUUAUUUAAAUCCCAAAACAGGAAGAUGGGGACAGCAUCACAUGUCUAUAGGUGCUUUAGGUGAUAGUUUUUAUGAAUAUCUGUUGAAAGCUUGGUUUCAGUCUGGAAAUGAAGAUUCUCAAGCUCGUGAAAUGUAUGAUACUGCAAUUGAGGCAAUGGAAAGUAAAUUACUCCAAACUUCAAAAAGUGGACUAAAAUAUUUUGCUGAUAUGAAAUAUGAUAGAUUAGAACAUAAAAUGGAUCAUUUAGCUUGCUUUGCAGGUAUUUAUGAAUUAAUGUAGAAAACUAAAUAUUCUCAUAGAUGCAUUGUGCAAUUUGUCAAAUUUCUAGGGGGGAUAUUUAUGCAGUUUACAUAUAGUAGGCUUAUAAUAGUAUCUCAUUUUGCUAUUAGGUGGUGGGUGACACAAAGAUUAUUGUAGUAGAACUAGAAAAGAAUAAGAAAAGAAUUGCAAAUAGCUUACAUGUAUUGUAACAAUUUUUGAAUCACUUUAAAACAUGCAUGAAACACCAAAAGGACACCAUUAAGCAACUCACUACUGGGUUUCUAGUUCAGGAAGAGAUGAUUUAGGUGUGCUUAUCAUAAGUAUCCCUAAACAUUGCUGUCCAGCAGUACUGACAGUAGUAGGUAAAUAAACAAAGCAAAAUAAAAUGGCUGAUGACAAUAUGUAUCCUUAUACAAAUUUUUCCAACAGAUACUAUGAUUUAGAUGUCACAAAUGAUGAUUAGACAGCUUCACUUAUAAAUCAACUUUGAGUUUGUAUAAAAUCAAACUAGAUAGUUUUAUAAAAUUGUAAAAUUUUUUACACCUGUGAGUUUUAUGGAAAAGGAAUUAUUCCUUUUUGGAAUACUUUCAUUUCUUCAGAACUGGAGAUACAAAAGGUAAGUGAAAGAAAUGCCUCAUUCAUCUCUUCAAAUCAUAUCCUGCAUAGUUGUAAUGCCAUAUA